AUGCCUUAUUGGUAUUAUGACAAAAAAGACUUGCAAAAUACACCAUCGUUUCGCGAUGGCAUCCCAACUGAAACAGAAAAUCGCUACCGAAAAGAGGGUGCAAGAUUUAUUAUUGACACAGGAUCGAAAAUGGACUUAGGUUAUAAUACUGUUGCCACUGGAGUUGUUUAUUUUCAUCGUUUCUACAUGUUCCACUCCUUUAAAACAUUCCCGAGGUAUAUAACUGCGUGUUGUUGUUUAUUUUUGGCUGGAAAAGUGGAGGAGACGCCAAAGAAGUGUAAAGAUAUAAUUAAAGUAGCCAAAUCGUUGUUGACCGAACAGAAAUUUAGUACGUUUGGUGAAGAUCCGAAAGAGGAAGUUAUGACAUUGGAAAGGAUAUUGCUACAAACUAUUAAAUUUGACCUACAAGUUGAACACCCCUAUGGGUAUCUUCUCAAGUAUGCAAAGUGCCUGAAGGGUGAUAAGGCAAGACUACAAAAAAUGGUACAAAUGGCUUGGACUUUCGUAAAUGAUAGUCUAUGCACAACCCUCUGUCUCCAAUGGGAGCCAGAAGUUAUUGCUGUGGCCUUAAUGUUUUUGGCGGGGAAACUAAGCAAGUUUGAAGUUGUUGACUGGAAUGGUAGGAAUUCUAAACAUACAGCAUGGUGGGACAUGUUUGUUGAAGACAUUACUACAGAACUGCUAGAGGAUAUCUGCCAUCAGGUAUUAGAUUUAUAUUCACCUCAAACACAACCGUCGGGGGUCGACUCACCCCCCCAGUCGACGCCACCAGCGAAGCCGCCAAAAAACGAGAAAAAGCCCUCCGUUACACCGCCCACUUCCGCAUCGCCUGUCGCCGUCACUAAGCCCCCAGUCACUCCGAUCAAGAACGGUGCAGACCCGGAACCGAAAAUUGACAUGAGAUUCACUUACCCCGGAUACUCGACUAUCCCCUAUCCAGUAUAUACUGCGCCCCCGCCUAUCCCUGCGAGGUUACCGAUUCCAGCAGGGAUACCCCCCUUGGGGUAUCCCGAUCCUCCCCCCGUGCCCCCUACCCGGUUUCCCUCAGUGAACGUGCCCCCUCCCAACUACUUCCCCCCGCUGGGCGCGCGCCCGCUGCCCCCCCGUGGGCCCCUGCCCCCCGCACCACUACCACCUCGGGCCUACUUCCCACCCCCG